GUAGCAAAAAAAAAUGAAAAAGGAUUUUGCGGUUUCUUCCGAUUCAUCCGAUAAACGAUCAAAAGUCCAAAUCUCUCUCUUCGUGAGAGUUCCUUCUCUCCUUUCGUGAGAGUUCCUUCCCCCUUGUGAGAGUUUGUUUUUAACUGCUUCCUCCCCCUUCCGUCGCUGGCCUUAGCUGUGUCCAGGGUCGGUGGUUGUCUCCCUUUUCUCUUUUUCUUCCUUUAUUUUCUGCAUGCUUGUUGGCCUGCGUUUUGUCCCCAUUGUUUCGACCCACUUUACCUGCACUCCUAGCUCUGAUCCCCUCUUCUUCCAAUCUUAGUUUCCCAACAUCCUUAUUGCUCUUCCUUCACCAUCCUAUCCAUCAAACAUUCCUCUGUCUCACUCAAUUUGGGCUCUGCAAGCCAUUUUUCUUCACGCGAUUUGUCACGACCUCUCGGAAGGUGAGUACAGCUCUGGCUUCAGUAGAAACAUUACCACCUUCCAUGUGUAUGCCUUUAUUGGCAUUGUUACGUGUGGGAUGUCCUUCCAUCUGGUUUCCUUUAAUAUGUGGCUUAGAUCUAUUUGGUUGGAGCUCUCUUUUCCACCACUUAUGGGACAUCGGUUGGCUGGAUCUCUGGUAUUUUCCAGGGAUGGAGGUGCACGAUAGUGGAUUCCGGUUGAUGGUGAUUGUGGUGCAGGCUGCUUCGGCUUCUUGUUUUUUUUUUUGUUUUUCAGUUUGGGCCCAAUUCUUUGUUUGGGCUCUGUUUUACUUGAGGCCUUAUUUUUUUUUUCUGCUGGACUUGUAAUUGAGCCUCAUAUUUUGUAUAGGUGUUGGGUUGUUAAUGAAGUCACAUUUGUCCCAAAAAAAGAAAAAAAAAAAGAAAUUGGAAAAAAGAAAACCUCCUUGAAAAAUGAUAAAAGAAAAGAAAUAGUCCUGUAAGCAGAAGGACAAAAAAAAAAAAAAAAAAAAGGCGCUGGCCUGGGCCUCUUUAUCGGGUUGCUUGGAUUGGGUCACACAGGUUCGCGGUUGGGACUUGGCAGUUGGCAGUCAGCAGUGGGAGGGAGAGUGAGUCCCCGAGCCUGGAGUCGGAGAAAUUUGAAGCCCUCCUCCUUCAGGGAAUCCAUGUCGGUCUGUCAUUUUGCCGAGAAAUGUCCUGUUUCCGUCAAAAUGCUUAAACCCUAAACAUAAUUCAGAAGAGAAAAGCUCGGCUAGGCUAGGAGGAUUGAGGAUCGAGGAAGCUCUAUAAUCUGACAGUAAUCAAUGAUGCACAGGCGACCUCUAGCGACAGUGAGAGCGAGGGUUUCGUUGCGCUCAAUUUCAGAUUGGCUUUGUAAAUCUCAAACACACUACCACCACCACCAUCAUGGACCAAGACUUGCUUCUCAAAAACUGGACUCCCCUCGCACUCUUACAACAUCUAAUGUGGUUAAUGCAGGUCAUCAAGUUAUGUGGCACGGAACAGAAUCCAUUACAAGGUCCGUGCAGAUGCAAAUUGUUGAUGCACUACGCUUGGGUGAGAGGGGCAAAGCUUCAAAUAUGCUUUUGAAUCUUAGCCAUGUGAACCAUUCCUUAGGAGCUGAUGAUUUCCUUCAUAUUCUUAAGUACUGUGCCAGGUCACCUGAUCCAUUGUUUGUAAUGGAGACUUGGAGAGUAAUGGAUGAAAAGGAGAUUACCCUGAAUAACUUAUGCUCCUUGCUCAUGAUGCAAGCUCUAUGUAAAGGAGGAUAUUUAGAGGAGGCAUUUAAGUUGAUAAAUUUCCUGGGAGAAAGUCAAGGCAUCUAUCCAGUUCUACCUAUCUACAACAGUUUCUUAAGGGCUUGUGCUAAAAUGCAAAGUAUGAUAAAUGCCAAUCAGUGUUUGGACUUGAUGGAGCAUCAAAUGGCAGGGAAGAAUGAAGUUACAUAUUCGGAGCUUCUCAAGUUUGCAGUUUGGCAACAAAGCCUCCCUGCAGCACAUGAAAUUUGGGAGGACUAUAUCAAACACUACAGUCUGAGCAUUAUACCUCUACGGAAGUUUAUUUGGUCCUUUACUAGGUUGGGAGAUUUAAAAUCUGCGUAUGUGACGUUGCAACAUAUGGUGGCUUUAGCCACCAAAGGAAACACGAAUGUUAAUAGAACUUCUGAAGGAAAGUUGUUUUCUUCAAGAUUGGACAUUCCUAUACCUUCAAAUUGUGAAUUAAGCUUGAGGAAACUAGAUUUGGAGGAGAAUGAACUUUCUGUUCCUUCCAUAUACUGUAAACCUUUGGAUGAUCAUGCUGUUAGUGCAGAUCAGUUGACUACUUUUGGCUUGGGAGUUGGAGAAGUUGAGAAUAAUCAGCUAGAUAUCCUUGAUAAACAUUUAAGCAAGCCUGUUAAGAAAAUUUUGAGAUGGUCAUUCAAUGAUGUGAUUCAUGCUUGUGCACAGUUGAGAAAUGAUGGUCUGGCAGAGCAGUUAAUCCUACAGAUGCAAAAUUUUGGGUUGCAACCAUCAAGCCAUACAUAUGAUGGCUUUGUCAGAGCAGUUGCUUCUCAGAGAGGUUUCAGUAUUGGAAUGGAAAUUUUACAAGAUAUGCAGCAGAGAAAUCUGAAGCCAUAUGAUUCUACUCUUGUCACCCUUUCUAUAGGUAGCAGCAAAGUGCUAGAACUGAAUUUAGCUGAGGCUCUGCUGGAUCAAAUAUCUGAAUGUUCAUAUCCACAUCCUUUCAAUGCUUUUUUUGCAGCAUGCGAUACAACGGAUCAACCUGAACGAGCAGUGCAGAUGUUGGCUAAAAUGAAACAAUUAGAAGUUGUGCCUAAUAUUAACACGUACGAGCUGCUGUUUUUAUUAUUUGGAAACGUGAAUGCCCCAUAUGAAGAGGGCAACAUGUUGUCACAGGUGGAUGCUGGUAAACGUAUCAAUGCUAUAGAAAUGGAUAUGGCAAGAUACGGUAUUCAACACAGUUACUUAUCAAUGAACAACUUGUUGAAGGCCCUUGGAACAGAGGGGAUGAUAAGAGAGCUGAUCCAGUAUUUGCAUGUGGCAGAAAAUCUUUUUUGUCGUAAUAACGUUGAUCUGGGAACACCCAUGUAUAAUACAGUGUUGCAUUCACUUGUUGAGGCUAAGGAAAGUCAAAUGGCAAUUAAGAUAUUCAAGAGUAUGAAGUCAUUUGGUUUCCCGGCAGAUGCUGCAACGUAUAAUAUAAUGAUUGAUUGCUGUAGCAUUCUGAAAUGUUAUAGAUCUGCUUCUGCAUUGAUUUCCAUGAUGUUGCGAGAUGGCUUUUAUCCAGUAACAGUGACUUACACUGCUCUCAUAAAGAUUCUGUUGGAAGAUGAUGACAUUGAUGAAGCAUUGAAUCUUUUGGAUCAAGCCAGCUCAGAAGGGAACAAACUUGAUUCUUUGUUAUUCAAUACCAUUCUCCAAAAAGCCUGUGAAAAGGAAUUGAUCGAGGCAGUUGAAUUAGUAGUUGAAUGGAUGCACCAAGAAAAGAUCCAGCCUGAUCCAGCGACCUGCCAUUUUGUUUUCUCGGCAUAUGUGAACUGUGGCUUUCACAGCACAGCCAUGGAAGCACUGCAGGUUUUGAGUAUGCGUAUGAUAUGCAACGAAGAUGGAAGCUUUCCAGAAAAGGCAGAAUACGAGGAUGACUUUAUAUUUGCUGAGGACCUGGAAGCGGAAUCACGAAUAGUACAGCUUUUUGAAGAUUCUGAAGAGAACCUUGCUGCUGCCCUUUUGAAUUUAAGAUGGUGUGCGGUGCUAGGCUUCCCAAUUUCUUGGUCACCUAGUGAAAGCCCAUGGGCCAGAAGACUCUCAUCUAACUACACUACCAGGAAAGGAGCCGCCUAAUAUAUUGGUAGAACUCUGGCUCGAGCAAGUUUCCUUGAUUUUUUUUAGUUUGGGGGGGGCUGCGGUGCGUGGUGUUGGAACGAGGCCUAAGGGUUUAGGAAGAAGCAUUUUAGCAGAAAGGAGCUCCUUGAAUACAAAGACACUGGUUUAGGUCCUGAUGAGACCACAGUGGGGAGAUUGAUACGUAGUGCGACUAACUAAUAUUGAAUAAAAUGGACCAACUAGGAAGGUCUGGGAACAAACAAGCAUUGAUGUAUUGUAGAUUGUAGAAAAUUAGGUGAGCCGAGUGUGGAUGUUACAUAGUAACUGGGCGGUUUUGGAUGACGGGAUGCCCUUCUAAUUUUCUAUCCGAUAGUGUUAAUUUGUAAGUUGUUGCUUUGUGCCUAGAUCGGUCUGCGGUUGUCUAAACAAGAUUAACAGUGCCUAAUAGUAAUAGCCUUGCGGAACAAGUUUGCUUUGA